UGGAUCCUUCAUCAACCUUUUACAAGGCAGUCAAGAAGAAAUCUGGGAUUUUUGACGAAACAACCAACAUAAACGAUGUCCUUGACCUCACAGGAGCUUCUACUGAGGAAUUCUUUUUCAGCAGUCGCUUUGUUUUGUCUAAAUUUGUAUUCUUAGGAGAUUCAUGUUUUCGCAACACUUUUAUUCGAUCCAGAACAAUUUUUCGACCAAGUAUAGAAGCAGGGCUGAAUGAUUGCGCCACGCAGUAUUACGCAUUAGCGCAAACUUAUAAUUAUCUGAGCCACUACUUCAGGAGGGAUACUGUUGCCUUUAUAAACCUGGCCAAGGAGUUCCAAGAGGGU